AUGGAUGCUUCAGAGGUGGAUGCACCUACGGAGAUUGCGGGUCGGUACCGGUUGCGAGAAUUGAUAGGAGCAGGGUCGUUCGGUCAAGUGUACAAAGCCCUCGACAUUUGCGAGCAUGUUGACGUCGCGGUGAAGCUGGAGCCAUGCGACUUCCGGGUCAACCAGUUGGAAAACGAGGAAGAAGUUUACGACACCCUCAAAUAUACAGAAGGCUUCCCCGUCAUGCACGGGUUCGGUACGAUGGACGAGGUAAAUUACCUCGUAAUGGACCUGCUAGGGCCGUCAUUGGAGACACUUUUCCACUUCUGUGGGAAGCGAUUUACUCUCGGGACAGUCCUGCGAAUCGCGCUGCAGGCAGUCGACCGGCUCGAAAGCCUUCACGCGAGGGGCUACGUGCAUCGUGACCUGAAGCCUGCGAACUUUCUGGUCGGUGUAGGCGACCAGACAAGCCUGCUCUACCUCAUCGACUUGGGUUUGGCUGUCCCGUACAUCGACAUCGUCACUCGCGCGCACAUCAAGUACAACGAUGAACAUGAGGCAACUGGCACCCCGCUCUUCUCGUCCAUCAAUAUACACCACGGUAUUGCCCACUCGCGUCGCGACGACCUCAUCUCGCUCGCAUACAUCCUACUCUUUUUCGUUCGCGGCUCGCUGCCUUGGCAAGGCAUCCCCGGGUCCGCCAAGGCAAAGAGGAAUGACCUGUUAACAAGAGCAAAGGCCAAAGUAAAGCCUUCGCGGCUUUGCAAGGGGCUUCCUACUGCGUUCUGCGCGUUCGUCGAGUACGUCAUGACGCUGAAGUUCGACGAACGCCCGAACUAUCUAUACAUCCGCAACCUGCUCCGACAGUGCCGUUCAGGCGUCUCCGACGCAGGCGAGAACGCGUACGAUUGGGAGCAAAGGCCGGAAGAUCGUGGUGUACGAGUGUAA